AUGGUCAAAAGAAUCCGCCUCGGCAUCCUCACUCCCUCCUCAAACACAAGCCUCGAACCACUCACCCAAUCCAUCAUCUCACAGCUCCCCAACGUCAGCGUACACUUCUCACGCUUCACAGUCCUCAAAAUCAGCCUUGAGAAUGACGCGCUCGCGCAAUUCCAAAACGAAAAGAUAAUCGAAGCCGCAAAACUACUCGCUGAUGCGCACGUUGACAUGAUCGGUUGGAGCGGCACAUCGUCCGGCUGGCUCGGGUUUGCGGCCGAUGAGAAAUUGUGCGAAGAGAUUACUGCUGCCACGGGGAUACCAUCAACGACAUCUGUGCUCGCACUCAACCGCGCAUUGCAAGUACUCGGAGAGAAGGAAUUGGGCCUGGUGACGCCGUAUAAGGACGACGUUCAAGAAGCCAUCAUCAAAACAUACGCCACUAUCGGCAUCGACUGCAGCAAGGAACGCCAUCUAGGCCUAUUCACAAACAGACAUUUCGCAGACGUCACGGAAUCUACGCUGGAUGACAUGGUUGCUGCGGUUGCGGCGAAAGACGUCAAAGCUAUUUCGACGUUUUGUACGAAUCUGUAUGCAGCGCAGAGAGGAGCGGUCUGGGAGGAGAAGUAUGGAAUUAUCUUGUUGGAUACAGUUGUUACGGUUGUUUGGGAGAUGUUGCAACUCUGUGGGGUGGAUAGCAGUCAGAUUAAGGGAUGGGGGCGGUUGUUUUCGGUUCCUCUAAAGACUGAGAAAUGA